UCAUAUAUUCAGACAAUAUAUAUUCUUCAAAUUUUACAAUUAUAUAGCUAUAUUUUGCUUAUAACCAAAACCCCACUUUUCACCUUAUUUUCAACUUUUCUCUCCCAAGAUUUGUCAUGUGGUGGAUUAGUUCGUAUUAUUAACUUGUUUGAUCGAAGACAAGUUGUGUAUUUUUCACGUUCAUAGGAGGUGGAACCCAGCAGUACAAAUUCUGAAAAUUUAACUGUGCAUGAAUUGAGCUCAAUUAGGGUUUUGGGUAAAAUUCAGUGGUUUUAUAUAUGAUGGAGAAAGAAGGAAAUUAUUUGGCUACAGGAAAUUCUGACUAUUCUAUUGAAAAUCAUCAGCAGCAGCAGAUGAUGACGCCUCAAAUUGGAGAAACUUCUGCUGAUAGUAGCUGUCAAAUGGUUGAUUAUAUGUUUAAUAAUCCUUCACUUCAAUCCUCUAACUAUUGCGGCUCGACUUCGUUGGAUAAGUUGAGUUUUGCAGAUGUGAUGCAACUGGCAGAUUUUGGCCCCAAGUUGGCCUUAAAUCAAGCUAGAACUUCUGCUGAUCAAGAAACUACAGGUGGGAUUGAUCCGGUUUACUUCCUCAAGUUUCCGGUUUUAAACGAGAAAUUACAAGAUGAUCAGUCCCUAUUGGCUGUACCUCAAGCCCUUGGAGAAGAUCAAGAAAGAAAUGGUAAAGCAGUGGAAGAAGGUGGUGAAGAUAUGGUUGAAAAUACCUCAGCUCAAUUAAGGUUUCUUGGCAAAAAUCUCGAAAAAAGCCCAGUUACUGAAUCAGGUAAGAACAAGAGAAAGAGGCCUAGAACUACAAAGACAAAUGAAGAAGUUGAGAGCCAGAGGAUGACACAUAUAGCAGUCGAAAGAAACCGGAGAAAGCAAAUGAAUGAACAUCUUCGUGUUCUUAGGUCUCUCAUGCCUGGUUCUUAUGUCCAAAGGGGAGAUCAAGCUUCGAUAAUAGGUGGAGCCAUAGAAUUUGUGAGAGAAUUAGAACAACUUCUCCAAUGCCUCGAAUCGCAAAAGAGGCGACGACUCUACGGAGAUGGCCAAAGGCCAAUAGUAGAUCCUUCUAUUGUGGUGCAGCAGCAGCAGCAGCAGCCUCAACCACCAUUUCUAAUUCCUCCGGUGCCUAAUCCACUUAAUGAUCAAGUAAAACUUGUCGAAUAUGAAACUGGGCUACGCGAAGAAACAGCCGAAAGCAAGUCAUGUUUAGCUGAUGUUGAAGUGAAGGUUUUAGGUUUUGAUGCAUUGAUCAAGAUUUUAUCAAGAAGAAGACCUGGCCAGCUCAUUAAGGCCGUAGCUGCACUUGAAGAUUUGCAGCUUAAUAUUCUUCACACCAACAUUACUACAAUUGAACAAACUGUUCUCUAUUCUUUCAAUGUCAAGAUUACUGGCGAAGUAAGGUUUACUGCUGAAGAUAUAGCAAAUUCUGUUCAACAAAUAUUCAGUUUUAUUCAUGCAGAAAGCAACAUAUGAUGUAAUGAAAUUGAAUUUCGAUCGUUUGUCUCAUGUUUACUUAGAGUUUUAGAAUUUAAUAUUGCCUUUAUGAGA